AUGCUCGAUUCCCGUUGGCAGACCUGAGACAUUCUCCUGCAAGGUGCGCGCAGAGCAUCCGGACGCUCCGCACGACGUGGCGCCCGAUCGCCCGUCAGAUCGCGAGGAUCGACCGGACCCGCUCCCCGCAUCGGCCUCGGAAAACCCGAAAAGCCAACCCCCGCCGUGAACCUGCGAGCACCACCGAAACGGUCAGUGGUCCCCACGUAGCUAUCCUUGUUACCGACACGGAAAAUUCAGGAGCUCUCUGUGAACCAAUCUCCCGACACACCGCUUUUGUUUUUCGGUAGUGGGCACGAUUCUUUCCCUCUCUUUCUCUCCCUGUCUCUCUCUUUGUUUCUCUGUGUGAUGGGAUACCAUGCAUGAUGCAGGGUGCGACGGAGAGCGAAAGACUCGAGAGGGGGUCGCUUUUUGAAUCUGAGGAUGAUGUUUUAAUUUUCUCGGAUUCUCAUUGGGCAACUUUUUUAUUUUGGGCUGGGUUUCUCUUUUUUGGAGGGGUGGGAUUUUUUUCGCUGGCUGUGAUUAAUUCUCGCUUUAAAUACGGGAGUGGGGGUAGCCGGGGCUGGAUACGCUGGCUCUGUCGACGAGAACCGGCAUUUUGGAGGAGGCGGAGGAACAGCUCCUGGAAAGCGGUGGUGAAGUUGGCGAGGAAGGAGGGGAAGAGCAAAUGACGAUGGAGGCAGGCGGCGAGGUGGGUUCGAGGAAGGCCGAUGGCGAUGAGCAUUUCGAGGGCGUCGAGAUCCCGGAAACUGCGCAUCUCAUUAGCAGAGAUUCAUGGGCCCAGGCAGCAUUCGUCCUAACAACUAGUGUCAACAGUGUUUUUGUUCUUGGAUAUUCAGGAACCAUCAUGGUUCCUCUUGGCUGGGUCCCUGGAGUACUUGGAUUAAUUGCUGCAGCAGCUAUUUCGCUGAACGCGAAUGUUCUCAUUGCCAAGCUUCAUGAAUUUGGUGGAAAGAGGCACAUUAGAUAUAGAGACCUUGCUGGACAUAUAUAUGGUAGGAAAGCUUAUUCUCUUACAUGGGGAUUACAGUAUGUUAAUCUCUUCAUGAUUAACACUGGAUUUAUCAUUUUGGCUGGUGAGGCUCUGAAGGCGGUUUAUGUUCUCUUCCGGGAUGACCAUGUGAUGAAGCUUCCUUACUUCAUUGCCAUAACGGGUUUUGUCUGUGCCUUGUUUGCCAUCGGGAUACCUUAUUUAUCAGCUUUGAGGGUGUGGCUGGGAGUUUCCACAGUCCUCAGUCUGGUGUACAUCGUUACUGCAUUUGUACUGGCUCUACGAGAUGGCCUUAAUUCUCCAGCCAGAGAUUAUAGCAUACCAGGGGAUAAAACAAGCAAAAUCUUUACCACCAUCGGUGCUACAGCAAAUCUUGUUUUUGCCUAUAAUACAGGAAUGCUUCCAGAGAUUCAGGCAACGGUGAGAGAGCCUGCUGUGAAGAACAUGCUGAAAGCUCUCUACUUUCAGUUCACCGUUGGAUGUUUACCGAUGUAUGCAGUCACAUUUGUCGGAUAUUGGGCAUAUGGGUCCUCAACCUCGUCCUAUUUGCUCAAUAGUGUCAGCGGUCCAGUUUGGGUGAAGGCAUUAGCCAACAUUUCCGCCUUCCUGCAAACGGUCAUUUCUUUGCAUAUAUUUGCUAGUCCAAUGUACGAGUACAUGGACACCCGCUUCGGCAUUACCGGGAGCCCUUUGAAAUUCAAGAACUUGUCGUUUAGAAUUCUUGUGAGAGGCGGAUAUCUCACCAUAAACACGCUGGUUGCCGCCCUCCUCCCUUUCCUUGGCGACUUCGAGAGCCUCACUGGGGCGAUAAGCACGUUCCCUCUCACGUUCAUCCUCGCCAACCACAUGUAUUUGAUGGCGAAGCAGAACAAAAUGCCUUCCUUACAGAAGUCAUGGCAUUGGCUUAAUGUCUGUUUCUUCGGGUGUAUGUCAGUUGCAGCAGCAAUUGCGGCCUUGAGGCUUAUUGCUGUAGAUUCCAAGACAUACAACCUUUUUGCAGAUUUAUGAUAAUGUAACACAUGUGGAAGAGGGGAAAAAAAUAAAGUGUAUUCUAGAAUUGUGGACUGGUUGAUUUUUGGAAUUGCUAAAUCAGAGCUUCCUACAUAAAAUUUAACUCAGUCCACUCCUUUCCUUCUAGUUUGUUGUCUAGUUCUGAAUGAAUUUUGCAUUAUUUGGAGAUUUGAUCA